AUGUCACUUCAAUCGGAAUACUACAACAAUUUUAAUGUGUCAUCGAAUCUAAGUUCAUACUUUGAUAACCCUGUACUGAAGGAAAACAUUGAAUUGUGGACAUCCGUGUUGAAUGACUUCAAGAGCACUCAGCUGACACUCGAUGACCCAAUCACCAUCGUCCUGCUGUCACUGUACGUCCCUAUCUUCGUGACGUCACUGGUGGGCAACAUCCUCGUGCUGCUCGUUAUGGUCCCGAACCAGCGCAUGCGGACAGUCACCAACAACUUCCUCGUCAACCUAGCUGUCGCCGACCUGCUCGAAUUUACCAUGAGUUCAUACUUGGAUGACUUUGCACUAGAGGAGAACAAUGACUUGUGGGCAUCCGUGUUUGACGACUUCAAGAACACUCAGCUAACAUUCGAUGACCCAAUCACCAUCAUCCUGAUGGCCCUGUACGUACCUAUCUUUGUGACGUCACUGGUGAGCAACAUCCUCGUUUUGCUCGUUAUAAGGCCGAACCAGCGCAUGUGGACCGUCACCAACAACUUCCUCUUCACUAUAGCAGUCGCUCGUUCAUACUUGGAUAAUCCUGUACAGAAGGAAAACAUUGACUUGUGGACAUCCGUGUUGAAUGACUUCAAGAGCACUCAGCUGACACUCGAUGACCCAAUCACCAUCGCCCUGCUGUCCCUGUACGUACCUAUCUUCGUGACGUCACUUGUGGGCAACAUCCUCGUGCUGCUUGUUAUGGUGCCGAACCAGCGCAUGCGGACAGUCACCAACAACUUCCUCGUCAACCUAGCAGUCGCCGACCUGCUCGAGUACGAAGAGCUGUUUACCAAAGUUGAUAACCCCGUUUUUGCCACACCAAAUAUGGAAAUGUCAAAAUCCUAUGCGUUAGCGUCUGUCCAGUAA